AUGUUGGCCGUGUUGGGAGCCACGGCCGCCCCGGCCUUUGAAGAUGUGACCUCCCAGCCACGGUGGGCUGUGGCAGCGGCCACCGCCAUGGCGGCCUUGGCGAUGCGAAAGUACAGCAGAGUGGCGUUGGCAGCCAAGGGCAGCAAGAAGCCACAGCUUCGUAACAUGGAAGCACCGGAGACUGCGGAUGCUAUUCGCGAGGAGCGCAAGAAGGGUGCUAAGCAGGUGCGUGGAGGAGAGAAAGGGCAGAGGUUCUUCAGUACCCGCAACCGCAAGUUCUGGGACUUCACAAACUGGCCACGCACAUACUGGCAGCGAACGUGGGAGAAGAAGGACUUCCUCUACGCUCUCUUCUUCGGCGCAAUCCACGUAGGAGCCUGCUUCGCACCAUUUUACUUCACGUGGAAGGCCUUUGCCUGCUUCUUCAUCGGCUAUGUCAUGACCGGAAUGCUCGGCAUCACGCUGUCAUACCAUCGGCAGCUUGCCCACCUCUCCUUCAAGAGCCCGAAGAUCGUGGAGUACUUCCUUGCCUACUGCGGAUGCUUGGCGGUGCAAAGCCAUCCCAUCAACUGGGUGUCCUCUCAUCGACAUCAUCACGGCGCCACCGACACGGCCAACGAUGUGCACUCCCCGAAAGAUGGCUUUUGGUGGUCCCAUGCCGGCUGGCUCCUUGACCAGAAGGGCACGUGGAUGAGGGUGGACCGCUCCAACGCCGAAGACCUGAGCAAGCAGUGGUUCUAUCGCUUCAUGCAGAAGACCUACCCAAUCCAUGCCCUUGUGCUUCCCAUCGUCGGUCUGUACUGCUUCGGCGGCCUGCCUUGUGUCUUCUGGGGCUUCUUUGCCCGCACCGUGUGGACUUGGCAUGUGACCUGGGCGGUGAAUUCCGUCAGCCAUGUUUGGGGCUUCCAGGACUGGAACACGGGGGACAUUUCGAUGAACAAUUGGCUGGUUGGUAUCCUGGCCUUCGGUGAAGGAUGGCACAACAACCAUCACGCCUUCGAGACUUCGUGCAGGCAUGGGCUAGCUUCUCGCGCCGAGGACGUGACUUGGUACACCAUCAAGGCGCUGGAGUUCUUUGGCUUGGCUUGGGACUUGAAAUACCCGCCGCUUACAGCUUUAGCCACAUCAAGCAGUUCGGGGGUCGGAAGCCAAGAAGAGGCCGGAACCGGCAAAGCAACGGUAGAGCACUUCAACUGUGAGUUUAGCCACAGGUGA